AAACCAGUGCCGUAAACAUCGUGAACGUAAAUACACGGUGUGCGUUCUGUGUAUACGUGUUACGUUACAGACGUCUUCUAAAUCGUGCUGAAUUUUCAUGAUUCUUAUCGAAAAAAUUUCACCUAACUUUAUAUUUAUAUGAAUUAUUUAAGUUAAGUUAAUUAAUAAAGAACAAUAGUGAAAGGUAGGUUAUAAUCAAGACAUACGAUAUUGACAGUGCUAAGAAUAUCAAGAAGUAGUAAAUUUUCGUUGGGUGUGUGAACCUUCGAAGUUAUUUAAGUUGUCGUAUUGUAAACAUUGAAGAUAUAGAAGUUUCAAGAAAAGAGCACACUAUCUUCGAAAUCAUCGGGCGUUGUACUACUCUAGGGGUAACACGGUGGGUGCAUAGCUGCGCGGUAUGAAAAAAUGAUGUGAUCGAUGGUCAUCAUGGCGGCACCCAUGUUAAAGUGGAAGCGAAUCACAAAUCCGUCCGGACCUCAGCCAAGACCCAGACAUGGACAUAGGGCAGUUGCUCUUAAGGACCUUAUGGUCGUUUUCGGCGGUGGAAAUGAGGGCAUUGUUGAUGAGCUUCAUGUCUAUAACACGACAACUAAUCAAUGGUUUGUACCAUCGACAAAAGGUGAUAUUCCACCUGGCUGUGCUGCAUAUGGUUUUGUUGUUGAUGGAAGUCGUAUUUUGGUCUUUGGUGGUAUGGUUGAGUAUGGAAAGUACUCAGAUGAACUUUAUGAACUUCAAGCAGUUAGAUGGGAAUGGAAAAAAUUGAGACCCAGGCCUCCAGAAAAUGAUCCACCACCAUGUCCAAGAUUGGGACAUAGUUUUACUCUUAUUGGUAAUAGAGUCUUUCUUUUUGGAGGAUUAGCUAAUGAUAGUGAAGAUCAUAAAAAUAAUAUACCAAGAUAUUUAAAUGACCUAUAUACCCUGGAACUACUUCCUAAUGGAGGAACAGUUUGGGAUGUACCACAAACACAUGGACAUGCACCACCACCGAGAGAGUCUCAUACUGGAGUAUCUUAUACUGAUAGUAAAACAGGAAAAACCUGUUUAGUAAUUUAUGGUGGUAUGAGUGGAUGUCGUUUGGGUGAUUUAUGGUAUCUUGAUGUUGAUUCAAUGACAUGGCAUAAACCAGUGGUUCAUGGACCUAUUCCAUUACCGCGAUCUCUUCAUACUGCUACUUUAAUUGGUCAUCGAAUGUAUGUUUUUGGAGGAUGGGUGCCACUUGUUGUUGAUGAUGUUAAGGUUGCAACACAUGAAAAAGAGUGGAAAUGCACAAAUACAUUGGCUUGUUUAAAUAUAGAAACUUGGACAUGGGAACAGUUAACUGUUGAUACUUUAGAAGAAAAUGUUCCUCGCGCUCGUGCUGGACACUGCGCAAUUGGAAUGCAUAAUAAACUUUAUGUAUGGUCUGGUCGAGAUGGAUAUCGCAAAGCUUGGAACAAUCAGGUUAGGGUUUGUUGUAAAGAUUUAUGGUAUCUCGAAGUCGGUAAACCAUCUGCUCCAUCCAAAUUGAACUUAGUUAGGGCCAGUUUACAAGCAUUGGAAAUUCAAUGGACACCUGUACCAUCUGCACAGUACUAUAUAUUACAAAUACAGAAAUGUAAACCUUCAACAACAACUGGAACGUUUCCUACAGUUAGUACUCCAGCAAGCACCGCAACACCUACCACGACAUCAACAAUGGUCACUCUUGCAACUGAUUCUGCUACAUCUUCGCCUGUCACUUCUGUUCCUGAGCUUCCACAAACUCCAACUUCGGUUAGACCGUCCGUACCUCCACAGACUCCAGUUCGAGUUCAAUCAACUGUACAAAGUCCCAUUCAGAAACCAGUACCAUCACAAAGCGUAACAAAACCAUCGAGUCCAAUGACACCAAGAGUUGCCGGAAAUCUUAUUAGAAUUCGUUCUCCUUUAGUUACAACAACGCCAACAACAACCACUGCUACUGAACAAACUCCAACUUCUAAUACUACAGUGGCAGGCCAAACACCAGCUGCUAUGUCAGGAAUUGCCGCUUUAGCAGCAGCUGCUGCUGCUACUCCAAAAAUAAGUAUGAAUAAUGUACCAAUCCUUCCACAAACUACGGCUAAUACAAUUAGAAUGAAGAAUGUUCAACCUGGUCAACAAAUACGUUUUGCUGCACCUGGAGCAACAGUAUUGAGAACAGCUUCACCACAACAAAGUAAACAAAUUAUCCUACAGAAACCAGGUCAAAAUAUAUCUGGUCAACCACAGAUUGUACAUCUUCUUAAAACAGCACAGGCAAUGGUAGCAACUGUGCCUAAAGUAAGUCUCAUACCAGGAAAAACUGUUCAAGCAACAGGUGCAAAACCACUUAAUCAGGGAGCGAAAAUAUUGAGAUUAGUAAAUCCUAACACUGUACAGGGAUCCAAAAUUCUCACAACUAUGAAAACAUCUAAUAUUGUUGCAAUGAGUAAAGGACAAAAUAUUAGUGGUAAACAAACAAUAAUGAUUACUAAACCUGGUGGUAAUGGUGGAUUAGUUGGUCGUAAUCAAAUUAUAGUAGUUACAACAGGAUCUAAUUUAAGAACUAUACAAGCUGUUACUACUUCUCAAGCUGGAGGUGGACAAACGGGUAAUAUUACGACACCUGUAAAUGUUUUACCAUUAUCAGCUACUAAUCAUGUAACAAACCAACAAGGAGUGAAGAUGAUUGUUGUUUCAUCUGGAGCAAUGGGAGGAGGAACUACUGGAAAACCUAUUACUAUCACAGUUCCAGGCCAAGGAGGUGUUCCAAAAACAGUAACUAUUGCAACUAAAGGAAGUCCACAAGCUAUUUUUAAUCCUGGAAAAAGUCAGAUUGUUACUAUGCCACAAAUACAAAAAACACCAGAGACUGUAACAGUAUCUGGUAAACCUGUGACAUUACAAAUGUCUGGAGGAAUAGGUGCAAAAACAGUUACUCUUAUGCCUACAAGUAGCACAAUAGUAACAACUUCAAGUGCAUCUGAAACGAUAGAUACAAGUAAAAUGUUAUUUGUUCCAUCACAAAAACAACCAUCAGCUUCAUUAGCAUCUACAUCUGAUGGUCCUGCUACUACUGAUGCUGCAUUAGCUGCAUUAGCUGCAGAGGCAGGUUUAAUAGAUCCAGUUCAAGAACCUUCUGGUGAUUUAUCUUUUAUGGUAUCUGCAGAUGAUGGUGGAGCUGGAGAUGGUAAAAUAGAAGAUAAUUGUAAUGGUGAUGAAACUACUACAGCAGCUGCUUUAGUUUCUCAAAUGGGUGCUGGUGAAUCUAUGCAAAUUGAUAGAGAUGGUAACUUUUUAAUUCCUCAAGUUGAUGGUCCAGCAGAUCUUCUUCUGUCUGAUGAUGAUGAAGACAAUGAUAAAAUUGAUUUAGCUGAAGAUCCCACAUUAGAAAAUCAAGAAGAGUCGCAAGUUGCAGAUUCUGCAAAUAUGGAGCAACAUACAGAUACAGCAUCAACAGAAGCUGUUCAUAUGGAAGAAUCCAUAAAAGAUCCAGAUACUUUGUCAGAAGGAGCAUCUGAACUUCCUGUUUCCACAAGUGUUCCAGAAGAUAUUCCAAUAGAUCCAGAACCUUCUAUUGAUACUCAACCAGAUGAAAAUGAAAUACCUAUUGAAGUUGUUAAUGAUUCAGAACCAGCAAAUGAAAGUGACAUGCAAGAAAUGAAUAAUGUAUCAACUGAAGAGGCACAAAUAAAAGCUGAAAUUUCUAAUAUGCAAGAUCCAAUAGAAGCUUCAGAGGAAGCAUCUAUGCCAGAUGCUAUGGAACUUCCAGAAACCGAAGAAAAUGAACAGAUUGAAAAUAAUGAUAUAAAAUUAAUGGCAGUAGAUACAUAUACUUCUGAAUCUGAAAAACAAGUAGCUUCUGAACAUUUGUCACCUGAAGAUAGUUUAUCACAAUUUUCUCAAGAAGAUAAUCAAGUUAUAGAAAAAAUUAAAGAUGAAGCUGUGGAACCACCGAUGGAUCUUCCUGAGGGAACCCCAAUGGAAACAUUAGAGGAUAAUGAUGAACCAAUGGUUACAGAUUCUUGUUCAACUCCUACUAAUAUUCCCAUUACAACAUCUAUCAUGCAAAUAAAGUUAGAACAAGCCGAUGAAUCAAUGAAACAAGAUAAAAUAUCAGAAAUCCCACCAACAUCAUCUAUUAGUAGUAUUACAUUUCUUGAAAAGGAAAUGGAUAUUCAAAAACCAAUAACCACAGUAAAAAUGGAAAUAAAAGAAGAAUCUAUUAAAAAAGAAAGUCUGAAACAAGAACAAAUGAAUGGCACAAGAACGGAAAAUGGAGAUGAUUCCACAGCAUUAACUACAUUAGCUACAGCUGCCUUAGGUUCGGCAGAACAAUCAAUGAAAAUGAAGCCUGAACAGACUGAAAAAGAAAAAAAAGAAGAAGAAUGGUAUGAUGUAGGAGUAACACAAGAAUCGAGAUUUACUGUACAACAUUAUUAUUUACCAGGUGAUGAUCCUUUAGAUAUAACACAACCAUUAACUAUGGAUGUUUUUGAAGGUAGAACUAAAGUUCCUUUAGAACAGGGAACUAUUUAUAAACUUAGAAUUGCUGCUGUGAAUAGUUGUGGACAAAGUGAUUGGAGUGAGGUAUCAGCAUUCAGAACAUAUGUUCCGGGAUUUCCCGGAGCACCUAGCGCUAUAAAAAUUAGUAAAACGGCAGAUGGUGCUCAUAUUUCAUGGGAACCACCACCUAACAGAAAUGAUGGACCCAUUUUGGAAUAUUCUGCCUAUAUAGCAAUGGCAAAUACUGCAUCUAAUAAUAAUGGAGAACCAAAGACAACAUCAUCGAAUUCGAAUUUAACAUUCACAAAAUUUUAUUGUGGUACAAAUAAUUCGUGUUCGGUGUCUAAUAGUUCCCUUAGUGCUGCUUAUGUUGAUACAACUCGAACACCAGCCAUAAUAUUUAGAAUAGCAGCACGAAAUGUUAAAGGAUACGGACCAGCAACGCAAGUUAGGUGGUUGCAACAAGCAUCAGUAUCGUCAUCAGAUCCAACUAAUUUUAUGGAGAAUAAUCCUCAAGUGAAGAGACGUGGUGUAAAUAUACGUUUACAAGCAAGCUCCCCACAGAAGAAGGUGAAACUAAAGAGACCAAGUAGCUAACUUUUUGUGAGCCGGUUCUUUUUGACCUCUUACAGCCCAAAUAUUCAAACAGCGCUAUUCAUUAUUUAAUUUCCGCUGAUACACACGCCUAACAACGACAAUGAAACAGUAUAUUCUUCGAAUAAACAACGUGACAUGCGAGUAAAUGAAUGCACGAUAUAGAGUGAUGGAGAAGAUGUCCAUAACUACAUUGAGGUAUAACAUAAGAGUUAAAAAAAGUAUUUUAAGUGUUCUAUAUAUGAAUACAAGGUCUUUCUAUACUGCGUUUUCUGACUCACCGUUAUUCUCCUAUUCCUUCGUGAAUAUGCGACAUUCUUCUGUAAAAAUAAUAUGAGUACUAUUAAUAAAUGGCAAGGUGGUUACUUUGAAAUUAAA